GUGCCCCGCUUAAAUUUCUUAAAGGAUGCUUCUUCGUUCUUCCUUCAGCGCCCCUUCACCUUUUCUUCCAUCAUUACUUUUCCUUACUCUUUUCCCAUGAAGCAGCUGCAAGGCGGACAGGGCUUGUUCCUAAAUCAGGAUUUAUAGUCCCUCUGAGGAAGGAAAAAAACAAUAACAACCCAGUUCGGAUUUAUUUCCGAGGAACAGGCGUAGGCGGUUUUUCUUCCGUGCUGCCUGAGUUUUGCAGUACUUUUCUUUCUCUCGGAUUGCUGGAAAGAGAUCGUGUCGAAUAGUCUAGAAACGUAAUGUAAUUCUUUGUACGCAAGCAAGAGUAUGUUAUCCUUCUAUGUUUGCUAAUAGCAAAGAAAUACAGGAUGGCGGCUACUAUUGUAUAUUCUCAUCUGGGAGAGUUUGCUACGCGCCCUAGCCAUAGGUGUGGAAAAUUCAAAGAGUCUUAAAAACCCAAUCCUGUAUACAUUUUACUCAGAAGUAAAUAAACCCCACUGCUUCCAAUGGGAUUUAAUUCCCAGAUAAGUGUUCAUAAUGACUACAGUCUUACGGUGCAGAUUAAUGUGGGAGCCUUUAAGGAGCAGCAAAAUCGAAACGAUGCUGAUCGGUGUCUUUUCCCUGUUAAUCACCGAGCGCACCCAUCGACGGAGCCCCAAUAACAUUGGAAGGGAACUAAUUUGCCGGGGGCUCAUGACAGAAUUCCCCACAGGUGCCCUUUUGUCCUCCACAAUCUCCUUUGGUACCCGUAUGAGAGGGUAAAUGCAACAGGUGCAGCUUUCACAGCAUCGUGGAGUUGGAGGGAAUUUCCCUCGAAGGCCUCGAUCUUACCGCAGCACCUUUGUCUGAUCUGGUGCAAGAGCACCCACGACAGAUGGCUGCCCUGAAGACAUAGGAUAGUGAGGGAAAGCUUCACCUGUUGAAUAAGAUGCACGGGGUGGGGUGGCAACUGCUAAAGGCGCAGGAGCGCCACCAGCAAAAUGGGCCAUCUUGCUGUCACAGAGAGAGAGAGCGCGCCUAGAAAACGUGAGGUAUUUGUCUCCAGUAUAAAGCGCAGCAUCUUUUUCCUGCGGCCGCCAAGUAAAGAGGAGCGAGCGAGCCAAGCUCAGAGAGUAAAACUUGCGUGGGAUAGAGGAUCGCGAUGACAGCUCCUCUUUAGAAAUGGUUCCCUCCCAGUCCCUAGAUGGAGCCGAAAGGCGCCCAUAUUUAGAAGGGGAGGAGACUGAAGCCCAACCCUGGGGGCGGCCUUGCUGCGAGGAUUUCCUCCAACCCGCAGCUGAAGCUGCAAAGCCCGCCUAUAACGGCUGGGAGAGGCGCAGCCCCGGGCUGCUGCAGAAAAGAAGAGGCUGGAGCUUGUAAAGUCGUCCGCGUCAGGUAAUGGGCUUUUGAGUUCUCGAUGUGAGCAAGUGAAAGUGAGGACACGUGUCAAAGGAAGGCGCAAGGGCUCAAAGGGAACUUAAGGUGUUGGUGGAGGGAGAAGGAGGCGGCGGCGGCGGCGGCGGCGGCGGAGCCUGUGGGGAGAUGUUAUUGUUUUUACAUGUGCUGGUGCUUUUCAUUUUUAGGCCUCUUUGCACAGACAGCGUUUACUAGAAGUAUAGUAAGGGCUUUAAUUUAUAUUCUGGUUUGCCACAUGAGCUGCAACCUCAGAAGAUAAAAACCAAAUAAAACAAACACGCCUCUGCAGCAUAAACAAACUUGCUCAUCGAUUCUCGGCUUCUGCCCCAAGAAUAUUCAAACCCGCUUAAACUCUAGCGUGUGCAGGUAAAAGGCAACACUGUUUUCUGCAGUUUUUUUUAGUAACUUGAAACCUUGCGUGUGCUUUCACCAGCAGAAAUGCCCUUCAGGCCAGGGAAUACAUAUAACCAUCAGCUCCUCGUAGUUGGCCCGACUAUUACUCUAUAUAAAUACGGUGGUACCUCAGUACAUACGCUUCAGAUUACAGACUCCGCUAACCCAGAAAUAGUGCUUCAGGUUAAGAACUUUGCUGCAGGAUAAGAACAGAAAUCGGGCUCCGGCGGCACGGCAGCAGCAGGAGGCCCCAUUAGCUAAAGUGGUGCUUCAGGUUAAGAACAGUUUCAGGUUAAGUACGGACCUCCGGAACGAAUUAAGUACUUAACCCGAGGUACCACUGUAUUUGUUUUAGUGUUUUAAAAUUGUAAACCACCUUGGCAGAAAGACAGUAUAUAAAGCCAUCCAAUAAAUCAAAUAAGAAAACCAGGCAAAACCCACCCACUCUACAAAGCCAACCUCCACAAAAAGGCAAAAAACCCCCACAGACAGACAAAAGCCACUUUACCAUCCCCAGAAGCACUCUUCACAAACCCAGACAGGCAAAAGCGACUCAUUUGUCCCAAAAAUCCACACACACAAAAGGCAAAGUUACCCAAAAACCCACAGAUGACAAGCAAACCCACACAUACCCCCAAACAGUAAUACAGCCCCUACCCGCAAGAAACAAAAAAAAUCCUCCUCAAAGGCAAAAACCGCAUACCCCAAAACAUGGAACAAGCUUCCUUUUGCACAACCUGUGCAGACAUCUCAGUCACAUGCACACAUAUAAAGCAAACAGGCACCAACCCAACUGGCAAAAAGAUCACUUUCCUCUUUACUGAACAGUAGAAUCACCACUGUUUCUAAUCACCCACAACUAUUAUGCUGCUAUUCAGAUGUGCAAUGAGCCCUGUUUUGCUCUUGCUUAUGAUUUUUUGAAGAAUGUGCAGGAGUCUUAAAUUGGAAGGUGGGUGCUUUCAGGUUGUUUCUCUGUUGUACUGGGCAGUGUGUUGUACUUGCAUCAGUAAUAAUACUGUGUUGUACUUGCAUCAGUAAUAAGUUUGAACUAAAGGGGUUUUUAUUCAGUGAUAAUGUGGCCUUCCCUGUGAAGGACCUCUAUGCUAAAGGAUAAUCAACAAUCCCUUUGCAGACUUCAUCCAUCUGAAAUGGAAAACAGAAGGGGAAAUAAGAACUUAUAAUAUUGCCACAUGUAAAAUUUAUUCAUAUCAAAUUUUCCUCAUAUAUGUUUCACCAUAUUUUUCUCCUAAAUGUAUUUUCAGAUUACAGAAGUGAUCGGAAUAUUGACCACUAAUCAGCUGAAACUAAGGCUCCAAAACAAUUUACUAUGGCAGAGGUAUUUGAAUUUUAGAUAAUUCAUAACUGUACAUUGACAAUUCAUUUUAAAAGAAUUGGUAAGCAAUAGUACAAUAACCUUUGGUAUAUUAUGUGUAUAAUGUAUUCUUUAAAAUGUUUGAAGUGUUGAGGGAAGAAGCCAUUUAUCCCCACACAUUAUAAUAAAUUGCGCGACAAGAUGUUAUUUAGUCUACUGUCUGUGCUCACUUUCUCAGGAGUAAGUCCCAUUGAAUUCAGUUGGGCUUACUUCUGAGCAGACAUGUUUGCACAUUGUUCUGCUAGGCGAUAGUUUAACCUUACAUGAAGAAAGUUAGGUGAAUCCUAUUUACAAUUGCAAUCCUACUCUCAGUAACUGGGAAGUAAGCCCUUUGAGUUCAACAUGACUACCAAGUGAUGUUCUGUAUUUCUCUAACUCUGGAUUCUAUGUAUGCAAAUACUAUCUAACUGUUUAUUAAUCUGUGCCCAGUUUCCUUUUCCUUUUCUUUGUAAAGCAGAAAAAUAACCAGAUUAAAGCUGUACAAAAAUAUGUGUUUUUCAGAUGAAGUCUGCAUAUUUUUAAAAAAUGAAAUCCAAAGGAAUCUUAAAAGAUCAUGCUAUCAGAAUUCCGCAUAAGACUUGGAUCUCUUGUUCCUCCUUCUAAGCUUCUAUACAGUAGUAUGCAUCCACGGCUGCAAUCCUAUAUCCACUUUUUGGGGAGUAAGCACCACUAAGUAGAGUAGAUAUACAUAGCAUUUUGUUGUGUUUUUAACACAUUCCUUUUGUUCGGUUUUCAGAGCUCUCAAAGUUGUAGCUUGCCAACAGAGGCAGCAUCGGGUUCUAUGAUGAUACAUUCCUGCCCAGAAAGAAUGUCUAAUGAUAGUCGGAGAAUGGAUGAGGUAAGAAGUUAGGAAGUUAUACUUUCUCAAAGUGUAGAACAUUUUGCACUGAAUUAAUUGGGCUUUUGUAGAAUGUCUUAAAAUAGAUGAUGGCUGUUGAACAUGUGUGAAACAGGGAGCCAUUUGAGGGGAAUAUUGAGGGUGUGUUUUCUCUCUCCCUUUCUCUGUCUUUUCAGUUGCUUGAUUUUUCUUUUUUUUUAAUUGUGCAUAUGGAAUUAUGAAUGGGUCGGAGUGGUUGAAUAUAUAAAGAAGGCUCAUAACAAGCCUUUAAUUGGAAUGAGCUUUUAUGGAGGAGGGGAACCUGGGGAAAUUAAGUGGGAAUAAAAAACACAAUUAACAUGAAUGUAGUGAAAUUAAUAAAAUAUAAGUUCUAUACAGUUUACUUUUACCCCAUUUUACAGUAAAGCAAGAAGUGUUUUUAUGGUAUUGCUCAGUGAAGGAAUUUGUUAUCACAAAUUGAGGAGGUGCUUUCACUUAUGACCAAAUUGGAUCCAAUUGAAACUCAUAAAAUGUUGUGAUGUGGGGUUCAUAGUCUGCCAUUGUGGCACAUUUGCUGCCUUAGGUAUUUUGGCAGUGGUGUUGAGUGAAUAAUUAGGAGAGAAGCAAAUUAGAGAACAAACAAGAAAAAGAUGUAUACUCUAGCACGAAGAAACUCACAAUAUUUUCCAUUUUGUCUGACUUUAAGCAGGAGCAAGAAGAAUGGGGAAAAUUAAACAGGUUAUUAAGGCAACAUGGCUUAAAACCUGUGUACCUUGAUAAACCUGGAACUAGCAGAAACAUAGCAGGUAAAACAUCUGUUUUAGAAAAGAAACUGUAAAUCAGCCUUCAGUUGAAUUUUUCACUUUUCUAAUUGCUUGAAGAUGUGAAUUUUCAAGUGUCCACAGUGUCGUUCAUAUUAUAUGGCUGCAAGGGAAGUGUGCAUGAUCAGCUAUGUUACUACAGUUAUGUUACUUGGUUUAAUCUACAGUGGUGCCUCGCAAGACGAAAUUAAUCCGUUCCGCAAGAGUCUUCGUCUAGCGGUUUUUUCGUCUUGCGAAGCAAGCCCAUUGACGGAUUAGCGCUAUUAGCGCUAUCAGCUGUUUAGCGGCUAUUAAAGGCUUAAAGGCUUAGGGAUUAGCUGCUAAAAGGCUAUUAAAGGCUAUUAAAGGCUUAGCAGAUUAGAUAAAGGGGGAAAAGCGAAAAAAAUCUCAAGACUCGUAAGGUAUUUUCGUCUUGCGAAGCAAGCCCAUAGGGGAAUUCGUCCUGCGAAGCAACUUCAAAACGGAAAACCCUUUCGUCUAGCGGUUUUUCCGUCUUGCGAGGCAUUCGUCUUGCGGGGCACCACUGUACAUGCAAAAUGUAGAAAAUUAGUAUGGACCAAGGCAAAUGUUAGAUGUCAUGUAUUUAUUUUUUUGAGGAUGCCUCCACCUGGCUCAAGCACUACGAAGUGUCAAAAACAAACACACUGCUCUCUUGUUUAAGCCAUCUGGAGAUGUUAACCUACACUUACUGUUUUCCUAUAGGUACCUCUGCCACAAUGUGCCUUCUUCAUUCCAGUGGCCUGUUUUGAGACAUUUGUUAUAAAAUGUGGUAUUUUUUAAUGAGCUUGUCAAGGACUGCCUUAUUCCAUAUGAACCUACCGAGACCCUGAGAUCAUCUUUUGAGGCUGUUACUCGUGUGCUUCCUCCAGAGGGUGGCAACACCUUACGUCUGAAGGACGGCAACACGAGAACAGGCCUUCUCUGCAGUGGCUCCCCAUUUGUGGAACACUCUCCCCAGGGAGGUUCACCUGGGACCUUCAUUAUACACUUUAAGGCACCAGGCAAAAAUAUUCCUCUGCUGUGUGUGUGUGUGGGGGUGUUAUUGGAUUGUUCUUGUUUUUAUUUUGAUUAUGUAUUCUGUGUUUUUAUAUCGUGAUUUUAUCCUGUGAACUGCCCUGAGACCUGCGGGUAUAGAGUGCUAUACAAAUUUAAGAAAUAAAUUAAUAAUAAUAAUAGUGACUUUUUAAAAUAAAAAACACCUUUGCAGAUAGGAUUGUUAUGGACAGACAGACUUCGCAAGCAAUACGAUAUGCAUUGAGAUCAUUAAUGGAAGAAACAGAGCGUCAACGUAAAAUAGUUCGUGGCUUGAUAGAAGAAAAUCGCCAAAUUAGGUAAUAAUGUUUCUUAGAAUUCUUCUGCGGCAUCUAACAGGCUCAAUGCAGAGAGUUCUGAACCAGCCUAGAGGCUGGAAGGGGACCAUCUUCACCUCUGUUUUUUGCUAAUCAGAGUUCUUCACUCUUGCCAUGUUUUUCUUUACAGUGGUAGAAUUGUUGCCGGGGAGACUGGCAGGCUGCUCUUGAAAGCAGAAUGUCAUACUAGAUCAGCCUUCUCCAACAUGAUGCCCUCCAGAGGCUGCUGUACAACAACUCCCAUCAUCCCUUACCCUUGGCUGUGCUGGCUGGUGCUCAUGGGAGCUGUAAUCUUAAGAGAUCUGGAGGGCACAAAGUUGGGGAAAACCUUAACUAAAUGCCCUGAUCAGCAGUUUUUCCUUACUUCUGCUACAUUGACUUGUCAAUUUUUCUGCUUCCUAGAUUUCACAAAGUCUUGCUCACAACUGCUCUGUUUGACUUGUUUUCUGCUUAAAAGUUCUGACCUGCCCGUUACGGCGUUUUGGAAGCUGCUCCAUGCAUUCUUCUCAUUCCUGCACAGGAAUGCCAGCUAUUGGGGGUUACAUGAUAGGUCAGGAUUUGUCCCUGUGUCCAUUCUCCAAUGUGAAGAGGUAUGCCUUGUUCUUCAAAGAGCGAGGAAAGAACAUGUGGCUUGUUUUUCAUCAAGUCGAGUUUCCCAACUGAUGCUUCACUUUGGCUCAUGUACUUACAGCAUGUGAAAAGCAACAAGAAAACGGAAAAUCCUUUGGGAGAACUUGUUUAUAUUGUCUUUUAAAUGCAGAUUCUUUAAUUCAGAUUAAAUACUUUAAUCUGGAAAACUUUAAUUCAGAUUAAAUUCACUGUGGUUUAGAGACUUGUAGUUUUCACUGAAGGAAUUUCUUUAUUUUCUAUUUUAUUUUAUUUUUUAAAAAAGAGAUGAACUACGUUUAGAACGAAGUCGGGCUUCUCGGCAGGAACAACGAGCCAAUGAGCUCGACAUCAUUGUGGAAAACGUCAAACAGAAAAUCUGUCAGCUGGAAGAUAAGUCUAUAGCUCAUGCUUGUGAGCAGCAGAACCAAGUCAAGGAGCUUCAGAAAGAUCAGCAAGCUUCACAGGUACUUAAUUAGUAGAGAUGUGGAGUUCAUAAGUUUAUCAUGUCAGGGGAUUACUGAUCACAGAAUCGAUACCAUUGUACAGUAUGUCAUGGCAGAAUGUUUUGACCUUAUUGGUGAUGCACUUUUAAAAUGUACUUGCAAGAAAAAGAACAAAACGAGUUACCUCUUUUAAGAAAGUGAGAGACUUCUUUUAGAAUGGACAGAGCAAAUGAAUUCUGGCCUACCAUUUGCUUCCCUUCUUAGGACCGUUCUGCCUUCUGUGAUUCCCUUGUGUUCUGCUUGCAGGCAAAGAAUCAGCAGCAGAUCAACAAGCUCCAAGAGCAAGAAGAGACUAUUGCCCGUUUGGAAAAAGAGCUUAAAAAGAUGGACAUGGAGGAGGAGGAGCGUUUGGCUACACAGAAAAAAAUAUUCCGGCAGUUCUGCAAACAAGCUCCAAGAACUCACUUGGAUCAGCAGUAAGUAAUUCUGGAUAAUUCAUGAGAGUUUUGUGCAAAUCUUAACAUUUGCAAGUUAAGUAUUUCUCACUAUAAUCUGAAGCAUGAGCUUACUUGGGAGUUGCAUAGGAUUCCUGGCCAUUCUUGGUAAGAACUUGGGUCCAAAUACUUUACCUGUAGUGGCAUUGUUGCUGCCACCUCUGUGGAUGUUGUGUUGCCUUGGGUGAAUAAGGAGAGGCAGGACAAUCUUGGUGGUGCCAUUUAAAAUCUUGUGUAUUUUUAUAGUCUAUGAGUAGUAUUCAGCUAUUUUUUACUUAGAGUAAACUCACUGAAAUUAAUAGACCUAGCUCAGUUACGUUCAUUGCUUUACCCUGUCUACUCUGAGUAAAAAUUAGUUGACUACCACCCUAUAUAUUUAAUAAAUAUACCCCCAAAUUUUAAUAUUCAGGCUGCACACGUACCAUACUUUUAAAGAACGUAAGUUCUCCCAAAUCAUCCUGGGAGCUUUAGUUUAUCUCUCACAGAGCUACAGUUCCCAGCACCCUUAACAGAUUAUAGUUCCCAGGCUUCUUUGAGGGAAGGCAUGUGUUUUAAACGUAUGGUGUCUAUGCAGCCUAUUACUCCAAAGAAGGUCCAUAGGGAAAAAAUCAGAACUACCACAGGGUGGCAGCAAAAGGAAGAAAAUGUCUAAUAAUCUCUGGCCUUAUAACAAAGCUAGUUCCAAGCAGCAAUACAUUGACUUGUUAUGUACUGUUAAGUCUGAUUUUUUUACAAAAUUAGCUCACCUCGUAGAUCAUUGUAUGACAAAUACUGUAAAUUCCUGAAGAGUACAAAGCAUUCUGUAAAAUCUGCAGUGGUGAUGCUUUUUUGAGAAAAAAACCCUCUACUACCCAAACUUGAUGGAGAUCUGAUUUUGUGUGUUUCUUCCACUUAUUUUUAGUAAACAAAACUAACAUUACAUGUUAUGUAAGUAUCUGAAAAGCUUUUCUAACUUGUCAUAAAUAGUUAGAACUGAAAUGUUUUUCUUGCUGGGGCAGGGGAAUAUUCAACAAAGAUAUCUUAGUUUGGUUUAAGUGUUUAUAUUAAAAUAGAAUCACAAGUACACACUGUGAUAAAUUUCUGAAGAGAGUUGUUGGAAGAGAUGGAAAGAGUCUGAGACAUUACUGUCGCCUGUUUUUUCUGUUUUAAGUGUCUUCUGUUUUUGCCUACUUCCUUUCAGGAAGUGUGGGGGCUGGUGGCCUCCUUCAGGGUCUGGGCCUUCCUCCCCCUCAUCCAUCUUGCUACUGUUUUGAACUCAGGUCCCAGAGCUUCUGAAAAAGGAUUGAUUGCUAGGAGGGAAAAUGAGUUACAUAUGCUUGCACUGCAUAGGAAUAGUUACUUGAAGACAAAAGUUAAUUACAAGUUGAUUUUAGAUUUUCCCAUAUUAGAUCCAUUCCAGUUGCCCAGUUGUAUUCAUUACGGUACUAAUUGCUUGUAUGUAUUUUAUUUUAUAAAGAAUUGUUCUUCUGAAGAAUACAUAGUAGUGAAAUAUAUUUUGGAACAUUUCGUAUGACAUAGCUUCAUUGUCAUCGUUAUUGCUAUAAUAAUAAUAAUUUGUUUAUAUACUAAAAUUGGAUUGCCACUCUUAUGGUGUGUUUUCCCUUGUUUCUUUCUAGGAUUUGUUCUUUAAUUGACCAUUAUGAGUCUCAGAUCAAGCAAGUGAGAAAAGAAUUAAGGUAAGAAGAGAAGUCAUGUUAGGAGGGAUUUCAUAAUACGAUAAAAAAGAUGAAUAGGAAAAGUCGUCGAUACAAAAUGAAUGAUUCGGUGGUGAUGUAUCAAUGGCUGAAUAGAUCAGCUAUUCAGGUUAGUCUUGCGGAAUAGGUCUCACCAAUCAAAUGAUUUCUAGUUUUGUAAUUUUAGUAUUUUUCACUGUAGUGGAACACAUUUUAACUUGGAUUUCCUUCCUAGGAGAUAUAACAGAGAGCCUGAUCAUACACAAGGAGAAGGGAAAAAUGAGGAAGAAUUCUUGAAGGACAUAGAUGCCACUCCAAAUUACAGAGCCCUACUCAUGGUAAGGCACAAGCAGGUACCCAUGGAUGUAGAAACUGUCCAACCUCUAGGGAGGAAGUUAAAGGUGUCCACUUCAGGUUUAUGCUGAAGACAAGAUGCAUGAGUGGCAGUCUUCCAAUGACCUCCCCUCCCAGCAGCUGUUCCCAAGCUGUUUUCUACCUUGGAACAAAUAUUUCUUGGAUGUCUGUCGCUCUCCCCCGGAUGACUGCCAGAUGGAGCGCUUCUGCAAUGGGUGCAGCAGGGUUGCACUUGGUGGCUGCAUAGUAUAUAGCAGCCGAUCGCUGGGGAAUUUUGACAAAGGCUCCUAUGCACAUAGAGUUCCUCUGUGCAAGGGACAAUCCUGCCCCCGCCCCCGAUGUGGAGGAGCUGUUGUGUGUACGCCCCUUCUUGCGCUUAUCAAACAUGUGUCCAGCAAGCCCACCAGGUUUCUUGGUGGGAGGGGAGAUAGCCCAUGUAGUCUUGUAUAAAGGUUCCCAUUGUUCUCUUCUAAAUCUACCCCAUCCUCCAAAAAACCUGCCGAAGUUAAUCCCUGGUUUGAUUAAAAGAAAACUCAGCAGUUUGCAUCGUCACUUCUGUUUGAUUCUCAGCAUAUUGUGUGGAGAUGGGCACCCUUCAGUCAUCUGGUUACUGUUUGCACAGCAUGGAACAGCCUCCAACCCAAUGACUGACUGGCUGUUUAAUUUUAAAUAUCAUAUGUAAUAUUUGGCUUUUAUCACCUGGUUUUAUAAUUUGAGAUAUUGUGAAAAUGGUCAUAUACUUAAAUUUGAAUAGCUGUAAUUUUAAACUUAAGAGUUCCUGAUUCAAACCACAGUUCACCUGUAAGCUCCCUGGCUGACUAUUUGAGGAAGUCAGUAUUUCUCAACAUUUUGUUGGUAAAGCCCCUUAGUAUAUAGCAAUAGUACAGUAUACUAGUGACUUAUUUAGCCCACUUGUUGUGAAGACAAUUGAGAUAGGUUAGUGACAUUAUGAAUGCUUAUAUGACAACAUAUUUAUUAUAAAAAUCUUCGAAGUCUUUCCAGACUCAGAUAAUCGAAACAAAAGCCAGAAAUGAACAGCUGUUACGUGAAAAUACAAAUCUCAGGAAAGAGAUGGAAAUCAGGUAAAUAGUGUGAAUGUUUUAUAGGCUGUUAGGAAAGCAUAGCUGCUUCACAAUGUAAUUAUUUCUUUAAUAGUAAAAGUGAUCUAUAGCCUUCUAUUCAGAAUAAAUAUCUUCUUGAUGCAGCUUCAAAUUAACUAAAAAAACAACAACAAAACAUUGAAGCCACAAUAACCACCAUAUGAAAAGUAAUUGGGAUUCUUCCCAUUAGGUGGUUGCUGGCAGAUGGCCCUGUGGGAGGUGAGAGAAAUCUAGCUAGAGCUGGCUUUGAAGUUGUCUUUACCUCCCUGCCUCUCUCUACUGGAUUCCUUCCCACUGGGCAGCUGUUGCCCUAUGAGGAAGGUGAAAAUCCACCUGAAGCAGGCUCUAAAGCAGCAAGCAAUCUUCCACAAAUCUGGAAAAAUCCAAAAUAUGCAACUGUCUCCAUAGAUACUACUUAGUGGUUGAUGAGGGAGGGUGGCAUGCUUUUCUGCUCACUUUAAAAAUUAUGAUUCUCUAGAAAUGCACUGGAUAUUUUUUUUCCUUUUAGACCAACUGUGCAAGAGUUAAAAUUUUACAAACACCAAGUGAAGAAGCUGGAGAAAGCGCUGAAGAAUAUCAAGUAACUAAUUUCCAUUAAGCAUUAACAAUAGACCUCUGUUUUGAAGAUGGAGAAAGCAGGGGCCUUUUAGAAAUAACCUUCUUCUGAAGGCAGGCAGACUUAAAAGAAAGCCAAAGAACAGAGGCACACAAGCUUUCACUGUAGUUCUAAAGAUGGGCUGGUGGAAAGCAAAAGCCCUGUUGUGAAGAAUAAGAGCAAAAGCAUGUCUCAGUACUAUCCCUGGAGAUUGUGGAUGUGCUUGUAGACUCAAUCACAUGUGUGAAGUGAUGGGGAAAGAAUCUGAAGUUGGUGAGAACUGCAGGUUUCCCCAACAACCACUUCUGCCAGUCUUCUACAGUCAGGCCUUGGCUCCCAAAUGCCUCCGUUUUUGAACAUUUCGGCUCCUGAACGCCAAAAACCUAGAAGCAAAUGCUCCAGUUUUCUAACGUUUUUCGGAAGCUGAACAUCCAACGUGGCUUCCGCUUAAGUGCAGGAGGCUCUUGCAGCCAAUCGGAAGCUGCGCUCGGUUGUCGAACAUUUCAGAAGUGUUCUGCUUCAACACUUUUUGUGGUUGGGACAGUAAUUUGUAUGAAGCAUUAAAACUGGGUUGAAUUGUACAUUUCAAACUAAUUUUAAUACAUCUAUUUCAUUGUGUGUGCUGAAUAUUGCUGAAGCAAGAGAGGUUAUAGAAGCAUUUUUUGAAAUAUUUCCCCCCUUCUUGCUAUAGUUCCUUUUUUCUUUUUUACCUGCAAUAUAGAUCCCAUGAGAUUGAUGAAAUAGAAAGCAUGAAAGAAAACAGAGAAUGUGGAAGUACUACAGGAGGGGUACUGCAGGAAACCUGCAGGAAAUACUUGCAGGUAGGUGGGCUGCCGUUGCAGGAGCUAUUAAAAAUGCACCCAUUUCCAAAAUAAGGGUGUUUUCCCACCCUUUUACAUGAUGAGUUGUGGAGUGCCUCAAGCUCACAUUCAUACCACCUCUCCUCUUUUGUGUCUCUGAGAAGAUUUGAAGCUUUUGCUUCCAAGUUUGAACUAGCUACAGUUUUCCUUGACAUUUGAACUUUGGAAACUUCAGUUUCAUUUAACUGUAGCUAGAACAAACUAGGGCCAGACUUUGAUUUCAGUUCUUGGUUUGGCUGCUCACUGGAUAUUUUAAAAUACCCCCAGUCUCCUGUGAAAGCCAAGUCUUCUAUUGCAUUUUUAAUAUUAAUUAGAGUGUGUAUUUAGCACUGCAAUAGUAUCUGUCAUAAUUUCUGCUGUGUGUUUUUUCUGACAAAUAUUUAACAUUAAAGGUGUUGUCCAGCAUUGACGCUAUUAUAAGAAGCCCAAGAAGAGCUCCGUUGGUCACGCAUUUGCAGCGGAAAGGGUUGCCGCAAAGCUGCCCCAAAGGGGAUGAGCAGGAAUGUGGAUUUGAGCACCUUCCUCUUACAGUUGAGAUGUGGGCUGACCAGCUAAUGGCCCUAAAGGUACGGAUGGUCUUUGAUUUCAGUCUUUCUUUCUCUAGCUAGCUAGUUCUUCAGAUGUGUGCCUUGUGCGUUUUCCAGAGAUAAUAGUCUUCAACUUAAUUUCAAACUAAUUAUCCUGAUAAGCUGCCGCCUUCUUCUGAGAGGAGCAAAAGAGAGGAAUGUCAGCCUUUUCAUUUUUAACAAAAUGUCAUUGAAGAUUUGUGUGUUGUUUAAUAUAUUAUUUGCUCCUUUUAAAAUUCACAGUACAAACACAAUGAGCUCUGACCAUUAAAUAGAAAUUGCACAUGCUCAUAUUCUGGCCAUUUGAGUUACUCCUGAUAGUUUUCCUGAGAGUUAAAAUCCUUCUAGCUGUCAUUUCUCCUUUGGGAAGAACAUACUAACAGCUCUCUGUUUUCAACUACAGGAUAAAUGGCUUUGGAGGAAAUUUUAAUUAGAAAAAUGGUACUUUGGGGAGGUCAGAUAUCUCCCCGUACUCCCCCAGCCCUGUGGUCCUAAUCUGAUCUCCAUCUGCUCAAGCAGCUGCUUUUUUACUUUUAGAACAAAAAAAAAUGUGAUUCUGAUUUGGAUGUCUCUCACACAACACAAGGAUCACUUUCAGAUAGGCAGAGCAAUCUGAACCUCCCUUAUGCUGGACUGGAUUAAGUAGAGGGUUGCUCUACCCAGCUGCCCUGGCAAAUAUCACCAGUGCCGACUUCCACUUGCUGGCAUGAUCCAGCAAAAAGCCCCCAAACACAGUGCUCUGGUAGUGGGGCUAUGCCAGCCCUGAAUCGGCUGGAUCCCAUGCUGUUCCCACAAUGGCGCUGGGUCUGGUCAUCUUGUCCCCACCUUCUGAGCUGCAGGGCAGCGACUCCGCAAAGCCUCACAAGUGAGAGAGGGGAGUGUGGAUUGUGCACAAAAUAUGUUAAGUAAAGCAGGAACUGUGAUGGCUUCUAAUAAUAAUUUCUUGCUCUUUCAAGACUUUGCAUAGGUCCCUGAAAAAAUUGUUUCUGCAACUAGUGCCUUGGUGUAUGGUCACGGUGCAGGAUAACAGUGAAUAUAUUAGAGUUGAAGACCUUCAGCUCAUGGUAGAUGAAAUCUCUGAAGAAGUAGUAAAUAAAGAAAAGGUAAUUUUAUUCCAGAGUUAUGUCUUUUCAGAGUUCUAGUAUGAAAUUCAUUUAUUUGCAUGUGCUAGUAUCGAGCCCUGUAUUUAUUUUAUUUUACAAUUAUUAAUAUGCCGCCUUUCGUUGUGAAAGAUAGCAGGGCAUUUUCAGAAUAAAACCAAGAAAAUAUAAACCACAACUUCCAGAGUUCAGGAAAGAUGGUACUAUUUAAAAAAAAUAAAUGGUACAAAUAUUCAAAUAAGAUAUAGGACACACUUCCAUUAAUGCAAUAGAAAAUUUGGGUCCUUAUUGAAUUUUGCUUCAAAGAAUCACUUUGGCUGUGUUAGGUUUUUUUAAUUACCUCAGUCCUGAUUCUGCUUAUACUGCUUAUAAGUAAAAACCAACCAAUUAAUUCCUUUAAAGUCUUAUAAAACGCCUUGCACUAGUGUAACUGUUUAGUUAGAUACGGCUUCUAUGUUUUGAGGAAGACAUAUUCAAUGUUUCUGUAUGCAUCCUCAGCCAAGAUUUAAAACUACUUCAUCCUCCGCCCCCCUUUUUGUCUUGCAUCCUACAGAGAAGUUGUGUGCCUUCACAAGAAGCUUUGUAUGCAAUGGUGUCUCACUUUCAAAAGCUCUUUGAUGUGAAAUCUAUUAAUGGAAUUUAUCCUCGCAUGAAUGAAGUUUAUACAAAACUUGGCGAAAUGAUCAAUGCUAUGAGAAACCUCUGUGAUCUUUUAGAACUAGGUAUGGAUAAUCUUUCCCUUCAUUUGAUGUGCAUCCCUCAGCUUGGGAUGCAAUAAUAAUAAAUAAUAAAUGCAGGGUGCACUAAAGGUAAAGGUAAAGGUACCCCUGCCCGUACGGGCCAGUCGUGUCCGACUCUGGGGUUGCGUGCUCAUCUCGCUCUAGAGGCCAUGAGCCAGCGCUGUCUGAAGACACUUCCGGGUCACGUGGCCAGCGUGACAAAGCUGCAACUGGCGAGCCAGCACCAGCGCCGCACACAGAAACGCUGUUUACCUUCCUGCUAUAGAGCGGUACCUAUUUAUCUACUUGCACUUAAGGGUGCUUUCGAACUGCUAGGUGGGCAGGAGCUGGGACCGAAGGACGGGAGCUCACCCCGCCGCGGGGAUUCGAACCGCCGACCAUACGAUCGGCAAGUCCUAGGCACUGAGGUUUUACCCACAGCGCCACCCGCGUCCCUGUGCAGGGUGCCAUAAUAACUGCUAAAACAUAAAUACGAUUUAGAAUCUCAUAUUUUCUGGUUUUUGUUGUUUUUGUUUUGGGUAGUGGUGGGAAAUGAUUUCCAUGUCUAAAAUAUGGACUUUGCAAAAGACCAUUGAAAGUCAGCCUCAUACUUUUUAGACCUGCUUUAGAUUGAUUUUUUUAAAAACUCCCUAAUUUAACAUGUUUCUCAUAAUGUAGUCACUACCCUAAUGAUUAUGUAAAAAUGUUGCUUCCACCCUCCCAGUUACAAGGUAUUCCAUGCUGUUUUGCAAAGCAGAAGGAUCGUAGGUUAUACUUGAUAUGAUGUUAUAUUUUAAUUUAUGGUUUUCUCUUUUAAAAAAGUGCAUUUGUGAUUAGAACCGAUGCACUAGGUGCCUUGGUGAUUGCCAAAUAGAACACACUUCAUUUUGCUUACUUCAAAAAAUCCUUAAAUACCACUAUAAUUAUAAUAAACUUUUUUGUUAUAAUGUAUUGUCUCUUAAUUUCACUGUGUCUCUAGCUCUUAAACAAUGUGUCUUUUUAUCUUAAAGACAAUUUGCUCUUGUUUGCUUGGGCAUCUACCUUGAUAUGUAUCACUGAUCGUCAGGAUCAAGAAGAGUAUUGUCUGGCUUCUGUGUGGGUGUCUGUUGUACUUUCCCAGAUCUGCUCUUUGUGUUCAGUAUCUCACAAAGCUUGGUUCUUCCCUCCUGUCCCCCGGUAUCCUUAUCAUAAUUGCUUUUAAAAACAAUCUGUAUCAGGAAUGGAACCUCGAGGAUCAUUCCACAUUUAGUGUGGGUAUUUGUGUUGGCAGUCACUUCCAGUGAGAUUGCUCCUUGGUUUGUGUGUGAUGUUCUUGAAAUGGAUGUUUUCUUCCCAGAUACUUCUGCCCCACCCAGUGUCCUGGUCAACAAGGUUGGAAAGCUAUGCAGUCUGAUUAAUGAGAAUGUGUCCCAGCAGGUUGAGCAGCUGCUGGGCACCCCUGACAUCCAAAGGUAUGCAAGCCCUUGAUAAAUCAUAGUAGUAACUCUUGAAUGAUGCAUUUAGAUCCAUAUUGCUGUAGUCAAUCUCAGUAUUUCAUUCAAUAGAUCGGCUCUCAAAACCGGUAACGUCCUUUUGAACCCUCUGGAAUAACCCCUCAGGCUUAGUGGUUUGGAAGACUAAGUGCAUGUAACUAAAACGACACUUCUUUAUUCUGUUUGCUUCUACCUCUGCUUUCCUUGUGUCAGUUUCUGUAUUGUGAGCCCAGCAGGUCCUGGUAAGGCACCAUUUACCUGGAUGGUGGUACCCAAUAGUUGGCUAUUCUAAGAAAGUAUUUUAUUGGUCAUCUCCAUGCAGCUAUGGUGCAACCCAUUCUGGGUGGAAUCAGGCUUUGGCAAGUCUUCCGCUGCUGUGUCAAAUGACCUUUGUCAAUCUGGUGCUCCAUGUUGGCUGGGGCUGAUGGGCGUUUUAGUCUACUGUACCAUGCUGGCAAAGGCUGCUGUAGAAGACCCUCACAGCCUUUUUACACAAGCCCUGCUUUUGCAGUUAAAUAAGGUAGAGGGACCCCUGACAAUUAAGUCCAGUCACAAACAACUCUGGGGUUGCGGCGCUCAUCUCGCUUUACUGGCCGAGGACACCAGCGUUUGUCUGCAGACAGUUUUUCUGGGUCAUGUGGCCAGCGUGACUAGGCCGCUUCUGGCAAAACCAGAGCAGCGCACGGAAACGCCGUUUACCUUCCCACCGGAGAGGUACCUAUUUAUCUACUUGCACUUGAUGUGCUUUUGAACUGCUAGGUUGGCAGGAGCUGGGACCGAGCAACAAGAGCUCACGCCGUUGCGGGGAUUCGAACCACCGACCUUCCAAUCAGCAAGCCCAAGAGGCACAGUGGUUUAACCCACAGCAACACCCUGUGGCAAUUGAGGAAGUACAUAUAUAGUGACAUCAUAAAAGUAGUUAUAGAGCAUUCCAUAAUGGGACCUCAUUUAAUCUAAUCCUAGGACUAAGAAUCAUGUUUAGGGGUUUUCUUUGGGGGUGGGGUGGGGAAGCACUGUGACCCUCUCAAUAGAAUAGCUGCAAUGAUAGAUGAUCUCAAGCUCCAUCGAUGAGUGAUAUUAUUUCUGUUACCUUUUGAUUUGUAAUCUGAAGUCCAUACUGCUUCCCCAGCCCAUUGUGACUUGGCUUCUACAUGAGAUCAGACUUAAGUUUUAAUAAACCAUGGACUGCACAACUUUGUUGGUCACUUGGAGUAUCCGUGACACACUUCUUUUGUGGAAAUUCCUUAAACUAUAGCCUUUCCCUGCUGUUGUGGCAAAGCGGGGUGAGGAAACUUUAGGGGAGAAGCUGCAUCAUGCCAGUUGAAAGCUGUUGGAGUGUAGUGCCAUAGUUGGUGAGGCCAGACAGAGGGCCCCUGCCCCAUGGAAACAGACAUCCUAUUAUUGCUGACUACCCUAUUUAAAAAGGAGAGAGAAGCAGUGCACAGCUUUGGUAUUGUUUGUUUUCUUAGAGGCUAGAUAAGUGUUCUCAUGUUUCAGCAGUACUGCAAGGCAGCAGUUAAGCACCUACACUCCUAGCUGCUAAAGAGACAAAUAGCAUAGCUCUGCCAAUUUACACUAUUCGAAUUGCUGGCUACAUGUAGCCAUAUACCCCAUAGAGUAAUUGCAAGAGAAGAGAACCAUAUUUGGCCCCAGUUUCAAGGUAAAACACAUCUAUAAGCAGAGAUGUAGCCUGAAGUAAAAGUGUGAGUAUUGUGUUAGAAACAUCUAGGUGACCCUAGAUAUAUCUUAUCAAGGAUAAUUCUUAUAAGGAGUAUUUUGAAACUUGGAAUAUGGAGAGCUGGGAGGAAGGAAGCACAGAUUUCAAUGUGUUAGUUUUUGAAAUGAAAACUGCAGGAAAAUGAAUGUGGCACAAUUGAUUUUUUUCAGCAUUGUCGACGAGUUAAAAGAACAUGAUAACUUCUUCCAAGCAUUUAAAGGUCUUAUUGAAGACUUGCUUCAUAUUCUAGGUAAGUGCUUUCUGCAACUUUCAUCUUCCUGGUUCCCCAGAAUCAGAACAGAUGUAGGCAGGCAUUCUGUUAUUUCUUAUCUAUACUAAUAGGAAGUGCUUGAUGGAAUGUUUCUCUGCUGUGUUUUCUGGUUCCUCAAUCACUACUCUCUAUCUUUUCUAGUUUUAAGCAUGCGUACAGGUAUUCCUAUACCUGCAAAUGUACAUUUUACACACACCCCUUAAAGCGUACAUGAGCAUGCUUACUAGCUCCUUAGUUGUCAAGUUUCCCAGUAUGCAAAAUUUAGGACUUUGCCUUUUGAGAGGGAGACAAAAUCAUUUCCCAUUUUUAAUCCUAAAGUCUUGCACAAGACCUCAGUAUUUAUUUUUUUAAAACACCCAAGCCCCAUUUAUGUAGUGCUAUUAUAGUCUAUUGUAUCCCCCCCCCUUUUAUUUUUACUAGAAUGGAGAUCUCCAUAUCCUCUUUUGAAAUAGACAGGUGGGUAACAUUUGGGUUGCUGAAAACAAAAUGGCUAGGUACUUAUUUGGCUGAGGUGCGAACAGAAGUAGGGGCAAGGCAAUAGAUCACUCACCAAAACACAAGAAGUGACAAACCACCCACUGAAAAAAUGCUGUAAGGAACAUCCAUGUCAUCAGUAGCUGGGUUUAUACAACAAUUUUAUACUUAGAUUUUAUAUUAAGUGGGCUGGGGAAGCAGGCUGGCAUUUUGACGCCACAAUAAACUCCUGUUGGGAAGUGCCUCUUGCCAGACAUGUUACUAGCUAGGAGACCUCAGCCUUAUCCAGCUAUACAGCCUGCCCUUUCUGAGGAGACACAGCCAAAGUUUUUUACUUUGCACAAAGUUAUUGUCAUCUAGAUUUGCACUGUAAUAAGUACUGCAUAUAACAAUCACUUUUCUCAUUUCAGAGGUCAGAAAUCUGACAGAUAUAGUACCUGCUGUGCAGAAGCUGAAAUGGAAAGCCUGAUGAUUAUGUAAGCCAUGUCUCAACUUAAUAUUUACCUACCUCUCUGUGUGUGUAUAGCUGUUGAAUAAAAGGUUUUAACUACUGAAAUUUUGAUAUUCACACAUAAUGGUCCAAGGGAUUUUUCUCUCUCCAAAAAGUCACAAUACCACAGCGUUUAAGUUUCUUUAUUAAAAUCAGUUUUGUACUCAGUUUAAUUUCAGAAAACACAUGCAUCUUUGGCAUAAUAAAUAUAAUUUAAGAUUGUAGGGGUUCAGAAUGCACUUUGGUUGUGAACCAGAAGACUUUAGCUGCAAAACAGUUUUCCAGUCAUCCCUGCACUGGCUAAAAAAAAAGCUGGCACUGAAGUAAGAGUCAUCACACACAUACCCCCUGCUGCCUCCAUCUCAGGAAGAGGGUGGAGGGCAAAUAGUGACAUAUUCUUAUCAAAACAGUAUAUAAUCAGUGUGAAAGUUUUAUAUAGCCCUCUGUUAUUACGGAAGGUUCCUGAGAUCUCUGCUUCUCAAUCAAAUAUACUCAGAGGUGGUGGUCUUGAAGUACCACCUGUUUCAUUCAGCAGUUGCCUCUCUGCUAGAGCUCCAGGUGAGGUGUGCUAGCACUGUACUGCACUACAACCUGGAAGCAUUUCCUAGACUGAAGACCCAAUGCAUGCCACAGGCAUGCAUAGGAUUGUUCAUUUUAACUGUGUAUUAUUGCCAGCAGUACUGCCAUCGCAAGUGACCGCAGAACUAUUGCCAAAACAGUGCAUCUUGAAUAAAUAUUUUAUAGAAGUGUAUUAAACAAUGUGAUGAAGAUAAAUAAAAAAUUACAAAGCUAUUUUGUAAUUAAAAAGUUCAAAAUAUACAUAUGUACACUUGCUUCAGCUAUUCAUCAGGCAACAAGUAUCAACUUUGGGGCUGCUGUCCAGGCUGUCCAUUUCUUGUCAGCUGAUACCUACAGAAGAACGAACAGAAUUGCAUUACAAAAAUUGCUGGACAGACACUCCCCCCCGCCGCCGCCACUUUCUGAAGCUGAUUUUUCUAGUAAGGUUAGACUAGAGGUGAUCCCUCUUAGGAAAAAGUUUUGUUCUAAAAACAACAGCAAUCCAUAACAAUUGUAGGAACUGUUCAGGCAUUGAAACUACCACAUAUAUUAGGGCAUCAAAAGGUUAUAACUAAAACCUAUAUAACUUUUUUUUGUUGUUAUGUUCUUAUAAGCUGUAAAUGUAAACAUACCAUUGGGAGAAGCCCCUGACUAAGUCUUCCUUUGACAAGUCAAUCAGCACCUUCAAAACAAACAAAUUAAAAAUUAAGAGAUAUUUCAAAUAACUUGCUUGAAUAUUUUCAUUAACUGUCUGAAUUACAGAUAAAUGGUUCAAAAAUAAGUAGAGAUGAUUACCAGGCAUAGAACCUGCAAGCAAGUUUUUAUUGAGUUAUAACCAUCCUUGGAAUGCAGGUGUGCUCUUUAAUGCAGAGAGGAUGUUGGGACAGCACCAGAAUUUUGAAUAUAGCAGCAAAUGCUUGAUUAGUUGGGUACAGGAGAUUUCUCUCCUAAGAACGCAGUAGAAGAUGUGAGAAAGGGGGUAUCAUGGCACAACUGGAAGUAUAUUUAAUCUUUCUGCCAUGCAAUCAAUUUCACCAGCUUAUUUGCCCUCAUGGUCUUAACUUUUGAAAGCAGUGCCAUACCUUUCCAAGCUCCUUCCUUUCAUGUGAAAUAAAUCGCCGUCUGUUUUUCACUGC